CGCAGCUUCCAAGCCAAUAGGAAGAGCGCGCCUCUGCCCGCCCCGACCAAUCAGCGGGCGGGAGCGGCGCCUCACCUGCCUGCCGCGGGGCCUGGGCGGCGGCGCGGCGGUUGCUUCUGCUUCUCCUUCUCCUCCGUCUGGCUCCCCGAUGGAGGCGGUGUCGCUGCCGGACGAGGCCGCCUUCCUGGCCUUCGAGGCGGAGUGCCGGGCCGAGCAGGGCUGGCUGACCCGCUACAGCCGCGAGGGGCUCUCCGUCUGGGCCCGCGCCCCGCCCCCCGGAGGGGACCCCGCCCUCCACCGCCUCAAGGGCCGCAUCGAGAUGCCAGACGUCCCGGCUGAGACUGCCUACGAUGUGCUGCACGACACGGAGUAUCGGAAGAAGUGGGACACAAACGUCAUCGAGACACACGAGAUCGCCAGCCUCUCGGACGGCGCCGAUGUAGGCUAUUAUUCGUGGAAGUGCCCAAAGCCCUUACGAAACAGAGACGUGGUGACGCUGAGGUCCUGGCGAGUCCUGGAGGACAAGUCUUACGUUAUCCUUAAUUUUUCAGUCAAACACCCAAAGUACCCUCCCCGCAAAGACCUGGUCCGGGCAGUGUCCAUCUUGGCUGGAUAUUUGGUGGAACCCACUGGAACCAAUAGCUGUCGCUUGACUUACCUGGCCCAAGUUGAUCCUAAAGGGUCGCUGCCCAAGUGGGUUGUGAAUAAAGCUUCCCAGUACCUGGCACCAAAGAUGAUGAAGAAGAUGCACAAGGCGUGCUUGAAAUACCCCUCCUGGAAGCAGGAGCGCAAGGCCAGCACAAAGCCGUGGCUGCACCCCGAGCAGAACCAGCUCCCCACCAUGGCCCUCUCCGACCUGUCUCUCCAACACGCCUCCUCUCUGGAGAACAUAGACGAGAGCGGAUUAUUGGAAGCCAAGGAGGAGAAGGGGGACACCAGCGGCCCCGAGAACUGACCCCGCUUCAGCUCCCUCUCUGCUUGGGAGCCUUCCGCUAGUCUGCCGCUGUGCCUUGCCUAGUUGUUUUUACAAUAAAACGGUGGGAAAUUG